AUGGAAGACAAAGAAGCACAAGUUCAAGUUCAUUUCACAACCAAACAACAACAAUAUGCAGUUACUGAAUCUGCAAUACUAGUUCCGACUAAAUUACGUCGAUAUGGUCUUUCUGAAAUAAUUAAUCAUUUGCUUGGCUUUGAUAAACCAGUACCUUUUGAUUUUAUGGUUGAUAACCAAUUUUUAAGAACAAGUUUAUCUGAAUAUUUACAAAAUAAUGGAAUAUCAUCUGAAAAUAUAAUAGAUAUUGAAUAUGUUGAAUCUAUGCUACCACCAAAAUCAUUAUCCACAUAUGAACAUGAUGAUUGGGUCAGUUCAGUAAAAGGUUACAAUAAACGAUUUUUUUUAACUGGCUCUUAUGAUAAUCAUGUUCAUAUUUGGAAUACUUCUGGAAUAUGUGUGAAAACAUUAAAAGGUCAUAAAGCACCAAUAAAGAGUGUUGCAUGGGUUUCAGUUAUAGAUGAUGAGGGUAUAAUUUUGUCUGCAUCACAAGAUCAUACCAUUCAUGCCUGGAAGGUAUUGUUUGAUAAUGAUGAUGUUGAGGAGAAACAUGAAAUUUUAUAUGAAUGUAAAGGACAUAAAAAUAGCAUAGAAAGUGUUGCAGUUAGUCCAUCAUGUACAGAGUUUGCCAGUGCAUCUUGGGAUUCAAAAAUUAUGUUAUGGACAACUAAAGAACCAAACUCAGAUGAUCAAGAAGGUAUUGAUUAUCAAAUGGAAAGCACAACUCCAUUAGCUGCACUAAGUGGCCAUGUUGGGCCUAUAUCAUCAGUAGUAUUUGAUUCUAAAGAUACAGGAAAAUUAUAUAGUGGUGGCUGGGACCAUUCAAUAAGAAUUUGGGAUAUAGAGUCUAGAGUUAAUACAGAUACAAAGAAUUGUGAUAAAGUAGUUUAUGAUAUUGAAUAUUCCAAACUUUCUGGUCUAAUUGCAUCUGGGCAUUCUGAUCAUCUACUUAGAUUAUGGGAUCCACGUGCAGAAGAUACAGCUAUUGUUAAAUUGACACUUGAUUCACAUAAAAGUUGGGUAUCUUGUGUAUCAUGGUCACCAAUAUCACAAUUUAUGUUGGCUAGUGGAUCAUUUGAUUCUACUUUAAAAAUUUGGGAUAUUCGUAGCAAGACACCUUUAUACACUUUUCAACAAAAAUCAGAUUCAUCAAUAUCAGAAAAAAAAAUUUUAUGUAUUGACUGGGAUCAAGAUUUAAUUCUAAGUGGUGGAGAAGAUAAUCAUUUGCAUAUUUAUAGUGCCAAUAAAAAUAAAACUUCGCACCAAAAUUUCAAAGAUUGCAUUGUGACAUACCUAACUAAUAUUGAUUUGAUAUCAAGAUUACUUGAAUAUGCACUAAAAGAUUUCAAUGUAAAAGCAUGGAUUAAUGAUGCCACUUCGUCAAGUGUUAACUAUGUAACAACAACUGUUGAAGUUUCAAAAGAACAUGAAGUUCAACUGAUGGAAAAUAAUGUCUCUAUUCUUAUAGAAAAAUUACAAUUCCUUUCUCAAGAAAUUUCUCAUAGAUUAGGUAAAACGAUUGAAGAUGUUACCAAGAGUAUGCCAAGAAUAUUAUCUGAUUUACAAGUCAUGCAAGAGGAUACAAAAAACUUAAAGAUUGAUAUAACUAAAGUUAGAAAUAGUGUUAAGAAUGUUGAAACUGAUACUGGCAAGACAUUGUUGGAACAAUUGAAAUCCUUAGAUUUGGUAAAAUCACACAUGGAAGAAUCACAUGUUGUAUUACAAGAAGCAGAAAAUUGGAGUAAUUUGGAGACAGAUGCAAACAAUAUUUUUGCUUCAAACAAUUAUCAAAAAGCCAUUGUUGCUUUGAGUGGACAUGAUAUUAGUUCAUGUCAAAAAUUCUAUGCAAUAUUCAGUCAAAUUGGCUCCGAACGAAUCAUUGCAGAAACUGGUGCAGGUCAACAUGGAGUAGCUAUAGCAACUGUUUGUGCAAAAUUUGGAUUAGAAUGUGCUAUUUAUAUGGGCAGUGAAGAUGUUAGAAGACAGGCUCUAAAUGUAUUUAGAAUGAGAUUAUUAGGUGCAAAAGUUAUAUCUGUAGAUUCUGGUAGUAAAACUUUAAGAGAUGCUAUUAAUGAAGCUAUGAGGGAUUGGGUUACGAAUGUUCAUAAUACUCAUUACCUUGUGGGAUCAGCAAUUGGUCCCCAUCCUUUCCCAACUAUUGUACGAGAAUUUCAAUCAAUAAUUGGAAAAGAAGCCAAACAACAAAUGUUGCAAAAAGCUGGUAAAUUACCUGAUGCUAUUUUAGCAUCUGUAGGUGGUGGUAGCAAUUCUUGGCUAAAAGAUACAGCUCUUGAAACAAGUCAUGCCAUCUAUUAUGCAUUAGAACUUGCAUCAAAAAUGCAAAAAGAUCAAGAUAUUUUGUUAUGUGUUAGUGGUCGUGGAGAUAAAGAUGUAAGUUCAGUAGCAGAAGCUUUGCCAAAAUAUGGACCUAAAAUUGGAUGGGAUAUGACAAUAGAUUUUAAACUAUAA